AUGGCCCUCGCGACACUGAACGUGAAAGCAGACGAUGUCGUCACGGCGCAUUGCGGCUCUCACACCGUGGUCCGAGCAAGGGAUAGCGACGCGCUCUUCUCGUGGGGUGGGAAGCUGGAUACCAGGAAGACGAAGAGGUACAGCUACUUAGGUGCUGAAGAUGGGCCUCGUCGUGAUACAGGUACAGCUGAGAAUUGUAGUUCAGUGCCGGCAUCAAGUUCUUCUUCUUCGUACAACUUGCACAAAUUGAUUCUCGGAGGCGCUAGAAUUACAACACCAGCCGGCGUCGAUGAUGGAGCAGUAGUCCCAGCUAGUAGUCGUGCAACAGCAGGGGCUGCUUCGCUCUCUUCCACGACCACUGGAGAUCGCUUGAAUACCGCUGCUGCUGAUCCGGGAAUGUCAAUACCAGGAUCCCCGACUUCUACGACGUUUCCGAAGCAACUUGACAAUGGGGACCACCUUUCACUAGGGGUGAACGAGGUGCAGCUGAGCAUAGUGGAAUGUAGCAACACGAGAAGUACACCAGGAGUAGCGGAUCAAAACCACAGCAAUCCUGGCAGGGUUGUAAUGGAUGAUGAAGAUACCUCCACUACUGCUGCUGCUCCCGGGGUUCUUAUCUACACGCCACGACAACUUGACAUGUUUGAGGUCGUGAAAAAUCAGGUUGAUGACCCGGAAAACAAGAGUAUGACGAAGAAAGACACGACGGAAACCAGCAGAACAGCUUCCUCACUCGCCUACCAGCAUUCCCGGCGCGCGGUUCCGGACAAUUUGAGUAGAAAUACGGGCAACGAAAAUAAAAACGAGCUGCUGUUCAAGAACAUACUAAAUGCGCGUAGUUUACAAGUGCGCAAAAUCGCUACCGGCGCUCACUUCACCGUGUUUGUGACCGUAGAGGGCAAUGUGUACGCGCAGGGACUACUGGACGAAGACGACCACUGGAGCGGUGAAGACGGAGUCUUAGGGCCGCAAGCUUCGCCAAGGACGUCGUCGAGCAGGGUCGGGACUGGAAUAAGGGAACAACAUCAGAACGAAAAUCGCAACCGCCUUGCAAGAACUCUGACGUCCUCCGUGUACCGCAUACCAAUCGAACACGAGGUUAUCGAAGAUGGAACUACAUUGAAGCCCCCCUUAGAGCAAAAUCAAAGCGAAAAACACCCUGGUGCUUCUCCUCGUUCUAUUGGUCGUGCAGCAGUUUGUCCGCAGCCGCCGCUCCGCGUCCGCGACGUGGCCUGCGGGUCGUUUCACGCGGUGGCGCUGACGACGGACGGCGAUUUGUUCUCCUGGGGGCGGGGCGAGG